CAACGACCCGCGGAGAGAGGGAAGAGAGAGGGUGUGUGUGUGUGGAGAGGCGCUCACACCAUCGUCGUGCUCUCUGCUCCGCGGGAGUUGCUGCCGUUUGGCGGCUCUCGUUUCUUGUCCGGGGAUAUCGAGAGAGCGAGAGAGAGAGAGAGAUGAAGUACGUGCUGGUGACGGGGGGAGUGGUGAGCGGGCUGGGGAAAGGGGUAACGGCCAGCAGCAUCGGCGUCAUCCUCAAGGCCUGCGGCCUCCGCGUCACCUCCAUAAAAAUCGAUCCUUAUCUGAACACUGAUGCUGGGACGAUGUCUCCGUUUGAGCAUGGGGAAGUCUUUGUCCUAGAUGAUGGUGGUGAGGUGGACUUGGAUCUCGGAAACUACGAACGGUUCCUUGAUAUCAGAUUAACCCGUGACAACAAUAUCACAACCGGAAAAAUCUACCAGUCUGUGAUUGACAGAGAGAGGAGGGGAGACUAUCUGGGGAAAACAGUCCAGGUUGUGCCACAUAUCACAGAUGCUAUACAAGAGUGGAUUGAACGCGUAGCAAUGAUACCUGUGGAUGGUAAAGAAGGACCAGCUGAUGUUUGUGUUAUAGAAUUGGGUGGAACUAUAGGGGAUAUUGAAUCGAUGCCAUUUAUAGAAGCUUUGGGUCAAUUUUCUUGCCGUGUAGGACCUGGUAAUUUCUGUCUGGUUCAUGUUAGUCUUGUGCCAGUUCUUAAAGCAGUUGGGGAGCCGAAAACUAAGCCAACCCAACACAGUGUCAGGGGAUUACGAGGACUUGGGCUGAUUCCAAAUCUUCUAGCCUGCCGCAGCGAUAAGCCGCUGGAUGUAAAUGUUAAAGAAAAACUUUCACAGUUUUGCCAUGUUCCGGUAGCAAAUAUCAUUACUCUUCAUGAUGUUACAAACAUUUGGCACAUUCCUUUGUUGUUGAGGGAACAAAAGGCACAUGAAUCUCUUCUGAAGCUAUUGAACCUUCGAGGAUGUGCUAAAGAACCCAUGCUGGGAGAAUGGAUGGGUCGAGCUAAACUCUGUGAUACAUUGCAUGAUCCUGUCAGGAUUGCUAUGGUAGGAAAAUAUACUGGUCUUCCUGACUCUUACCUCUCUGUAUUGAAGGCCCUUUUGCAUGCUUCGGUUGUGUGUCGAAAAAAACUUGUUAUUGACUGGGUCCCAUCAUCUGAUCUUGAAGAAACUACUGCAAAAGAGGCACCUGAUGCUUACAGAGCAGCAUGGAUGCUAUUGAAGGGUGCAGACGGCAUUCUAGUCCCAGGAGGUUUUGGAGACAGAGGGGUACAGGGAAAAAUUCUAGCUGCAAAAUAUGCCCGUGAAAAUAAUGUUCCGUACCUCGGAAUUUGUCUUGGAAUGCAGAUUUCUGUCAUUGAAUUUGCUCGAUCUGUUAUGAAUUUGAAGGAGGCAAAUAGUACAGAGUUUGAUCCGGUUACAACUUCUCCAGUUGUUAUUUUUAUGCCAGAGGGUUCCAAAACUCACAUGGGAGGUACAAUGAGACUUGGAUUAAGAAGGACUUAUUUUGAGGUUGCUGAUUGCAAAUCUGCAAAGUUGUAUGGCAACGUCCGCUUUGUGGAUGAACGGCAUCGGCAUAGAUAUGAGGUAAAUCCUACUAUGGUUGCGGAAUUUGAAAAGGCUGGUCUUGCUUUUGUUGGUAAGGAUGAGACAGGAAGACGUAUGGAGAUUAUUGAGCUGCCUGCUCAUCCAUACUUUGUCGGUGUGCAAUUUCAUCCGGAAUUCAAGUCCAGACCUGGAAAGCCUUCUGCUGUUUUCUUAGGACUCAUAGCAGCGUCGUGCAGACAACUGGAUUCUUGGCUACAGGCUCGUCCUUCAAGCAAUGGUUUCUUGACCCCCAAAAUCUACCAAAAUGGGAGCCUGAAGAAAUCCCCCAAGAGCCUAGUCAACGGCAAAUCCAUUCAAGCGGCAACGGCGUGCAUGUCUAACGCGUAAACCGGUUUUUCUGUGUGUCGUUCCUUCAUGAUCUUGUGGUUUUUUCUCGUCAGUUUCGUCCUUCCUCAGUCUGAUUUGCUCUGUGCAGUCGUCGUGAGGUGAAAAGGUUCACCGACCGAUGGACUGGUGCUUGUUCCAGUGUUUUAGCAAGGAGCAGCAUUGUGUUCUUGCGGUUUGAUUUGAUUUCCUUGAGAGAAGAUGAAUACAGCAAGGUUUUGUAAAUCGCUAGCGCCGACUGUUAUUUGACUUUGUAUGAUUUGAUGACUAGUGUUGAUGAUUGUCUA